AUGGCACCAACAUUGGUGACUCUCCCUCAGGAGUUGCAUCUCCUUAUCCUCUCCAACCUAGAUUCUCCCCAGGACCUCCUCUCCAUGACUUUGGCAUCCCGAUCCUUCCAUGGGCUGUACUUUGCUUACAAACACACCAUUCUCAUGCAGGUCCUCUACAACAUGGUCCCGUAUGAAGUCGAAGAUGACUUCUGCAUGGCUCUGCAUGUGCAAGAUGUCAUGAAGGGACACAUUCCUCAUUGGAAGAGCCCCGAGAAAGUUGAACCAUUCAGAGAAGCAUGCGUGGGAGCUCUCGAAGAUGCUCUGACAGCAAAGUACUCUCGUCUCUGUGACAUCACCAGCACCGACGCUCAAAUAAUACAGCUCUUGCAAACCGCCAAAGUCUAUUACGACUACAUUAAAAUGUACUCUGAUGUUGCCGUAACUAACUUGGGUCUCUUUGUUCGCUCUGAGACGAAGGGCUUGCCCCUCUCGCACUUUGAAAAACAACGCUAUAUGAGAGCUUUCUGCCGCUAUGAGGCGUACAUCACUCUGCUGCAUGGGUGGAUGUAUCUGGGUAAUUCUAUACGUGGAAUUCGUCCAUCUCUGUCUGCGGGAACAUUCGUCGACCAGUUCCAGCCCUGGGAAGUCGAGGAGAUAGCCUGCGUAGACCAAUUCAUGCAAACGUCAAUCGGGAAAACCUUCGACGCGUUGGAGGAUCAUCUAGUUGCGCUCAUCAAACUCAAGGGAUGCAAUCAUGUCAACAAGGAGAGGGGUUCCAAGCUAAUCAUGGCAGGAACUAACGGCACCUCCUGGACUGAUUUGCUCCGGAUUUGCGGGCUGCAUUCAAUACCAGGCAGCUGGGAGCGCAGACUUCGUAUCAAUUACUGGGCCACUAUUGGUUUGAAGAAAACACUGGAGGCGCUGAGAAAACCAUUCAUUGGUAUGAUCUUGAAACCGGUACCGGGCACCACACCUGCACCGCCGUUCUUCUACGACCUAGCCGCUGAAACGCUACCAUAUUACAAAAUCGUCCGUACCGGAUUCCCGAACCCCACGGAGCCGAUCUACGGGUGGGAAUGGGCGUUUGGACCGCAGACCUUCAUGAUCAUGGCGUCAGAGAAUCUCAAGUUGCGAGAUAUGGGAUACGUGUUCUGGGACAAAGAACGAUUGCUGAGAUACAAAGUGUUCCAGAACCCCCGUGAAUUCCAAUUCUAUGAGUUUAUGCGGCAGAACAACUUGGCUCACGACUACACUAUCUCGUCUAAGCUUGAUCAGAAGCUAAGAGGUGUAAAGCUGACUGAACAUGUCGUUAUGGCUUUUAUGGAUCAGGUUGAACACAUCCAUUUGCCCGCCCAUUUGAUUUGA